AUGGUUCCCGGCGGCAUGCGCAUCGGCACGCCCGCCCUCACCACGCGCGGCUUUGGGGAGGCGGAGUUCGAGCGCGUGGCGGAGUUCAUCGCGCGCGCCGUCGAGAUCGCCAAGGACUGCCAGGCCAAGACCCCCGCCCCCGGCAAGCUCAAGGAGUUCAAGGCCUACUUGGCAGGGGAGGGCGCGAGCCGCCAGGACAUCAAGCAGCUGAGGGAGGAGGUGGAGGAGCUGGCCUCGUCCUUCCCCAUGCCCGGCGUUUGA